UAAAUAAUUUGUCAUUUAAUUUUCAUUGCAAUAAUUUGUUAUGGUAUAACACUAGAGCUGAAAAGGAUAUUCUGUCCAGUUAGCGCAUCAAAUUCUCCUUAACUCUCAGUCAAUAAGGCCCAAGCCUAAAAAAAAAAUCUCAAAAUUAAAUUGAAGGAGCACCUCUUCAACUUAGACAUUUCUAUCUAUAUUGAUAUUGACAAUUUUUUUUCUUUAAUAUGGGUUUUGAAGUGUAGUGUAGAUCUGAAUUAUCAAGAGCGGCCUCAAAAGAAAGCCUUUGAAUUUGUGGAGAUUACAAAGAUUAACCAUUAUAUUAGGACCACAUCUCGUAAGCCUCACCCAUAUUGAUGCAAGAAAAGCUCCAUUUGCAAGCUCAAUCACCUAUCUCCCUCCAUCUCUCUCCCUAUCUCCAUGAAGAAAAUUUCAUGGAUUCAGCUGGUUUUCUGUGUUUUCAUUCAAUUGCAAAAUACUUCUUCUCAUGAUCCCAACACGUGGCUUAAUAUAGACUGUGGGAUAGAAGCACCCCGUGUGGGACCCAACUUACUCUCGUGGAAUAUGGACCAUCAGUUCACUCAAUCGGGCAUCAACAAGCGCCUCCCCGAAAAGCAGCCGCUCGAUGAGAUGACCACUCUCCGAUUCUUUCCUAAUCGGAUGGACCAAAAUUGUUACACAAUACCCGCAUACAAGCGGACCCUGCAGUACAUAAUUCGAGCUGGGUUCUACUACGGCAAUUAUGAUGGCCUCUCAAAACCACCAUCGUUUGAUCUGUAUUUAGACGGCCAAUUAUGGUCAACAGUCAAGACGUCGACGAUCGGAGGGCCGAUAUAUGUUGAAGCCAUAUAUGUGACUCAUGGGUCGGGUAGUAUUGGAGUGUGCUUGAUUCAAACAAGGGAUGGAGAAAUCCCUUUUAUUUCUUCACUUGAAGCUAUGCCUUUGUGGACUCAUUUGUACUCACAAAUGGAGAACAAUUCCACUUUCACUCUUGUCAAUAGAACCAACCUUGGUGGUAAUGAAAUUAGGUACACCGGACUUUUCUCGGAUGAAAAAUACAACAGAAUAUGGACAAGUGGAGCCAUCCCACAAAACUGUAAACCAGUCCCUACCCUACCAGAUUCCACCACCGCCACACUAGAAAACGACCCCCCAAAAUUAGUAUUACAAGACUCCAUCGUAUCCAACACAUCUGAUCCAAUAAUCUUGACCGUUGAUAAUCCACCAAAUUGGACCUCACGAACCGCUUAUCUUGUACUCUACUUCACAGAGAUGGCAACCAGGCCCACUCUAAACGAUACCAGAAUCAUGGACAUUGAAAUCAACCGUCAGAAGAUGUACACGGUGGGAGCUGAGAUCAAUCAGUGUAAAGUGGUGACACUGUAUCCUGUGCCUCUUGUGGGUCCUACAAUCAAUAUAAAGUUAGCCUCAUCUAGGUUAUCAACCUUACCGCCGAUGAUCAGCGCAAUGGAAGUUUUUACAAGGGCUAAUUACAAUCCUCCUCCCAGCUCCGCGGCGGCUCCGGGAACAAAGCCCACCAGUGGUGCAUGGAAAAAUUUUUUUGUACCUUGCACUGUUUUCUUUUAUAUUUCAUGUGCAAUUGCGUUUUUCUAAUUGUAUUGUUGUUGUAAUCGAU